GAUAUUUAAAUAAAUGUAAAUAAAGUGAGGCGACUGUUGUGUUUAAUCUCCUCCAGCUCGGCUCGUCCUCCUCCGUUCCCUUCUCCUCCAUCUUCUCUCAGCUCUUCAUGACCGUGGUGGUUCCUCUCAUCCUCGGCCAGGUGUGCCGUAGUUUCCUCAGGGACUAUCUGGAGCGGCGAAAGCUUCCGUUUGGCGCCGUCAGCAGCGCCGUCCUGCUCAUGAUCAUCUACACCACCUUCUGCGACACCUUCAGUAACCCCAACAUCGAGCUGGACCCCACCAGCCUGCUGCUGGUCGUCCUCAUCAUUUUCUCCAUCCAGCUCAGCUUCAUGCUGCUCACAUUCGCCUUUUCUACCAGGUGAGUCUCCUCCUCCUCCUGCGCCGAAUUA